UAUUUAGUAUUUGCUAAUAUUUAGCUUGAGUGCCACAAGCUAUUUGUUUUGACGGUUGUACCCUUGUCUUAACCUGACAAGAACACAGCCUGUAAAUAUAAAUUGCCUCUCUGAAAUAUGGUUAAACCCUGGGAGUAUAGAUUCUGAGAAAGGUUAAAUUAAUAGGAGAUGGCAUGACCUAUGUUCUGAUUGGAAGAAUUGAUUUUAUGUCCUUCUCUGCUGUCUUACCUUCUAAUCAAUAAGACAUUUAACAUGUACUUUUUUAUUUUUCAUUUUAUUUUUAUCUUGCCUUCACAUUGUGUGGCAAGUGUACUCAAAUAAGGAAUAUUCACUAGUCAUUUUAUUGUUCCUGUAUCUGUGCAUCCUCUUUCUAGUGCUACUUAAAAAUAGACAUCUUAAUUUGAAAUAUCAAGUAAUAUUUGAUUUUCAUUGCAAUGCUAGCCAUAUAUGGAUGUUUUUCAUCAAGGAUCUUCAAACAACAUAUGACCUGCUUCGCUUCCUCUUAAAUUACACCCGGUCAAUUUUGUAAAUUCUGUAUAGCUUGCUUUUAACUGCUAAAAGCUUGUUACUUUUGGGGGACUGGUGGGAGAGUUUAAUUAGUGAGAUGUUAUUUUUCACUUAACAAUUGAAUUGAUACUGAUACAAAGGCCAUUGGUAUUUAAGUUUAUCUUCUUUUAAACUAUAUAUUCUUUUGCAGAACUUUGUUUAAGCAGCAGUCAUGUCUUUUCUUCCUGCCACAACAGAGUCAAUUGAAUUGGCGUUGGAGGCCAAAGACAGAGACCCGUCUGAGUCCAUCUUCAUUCUUUAUCGGGUACUUGAUGAUCCUUCUUCUUCUCCAGAAGCUCUGCGCAUGAAAGAGCAGGCCAUCACCAACCUCACUGACCUUCUAAAGCAAGAAAAUAGGGCAGAGGAUCUUCGCAGCCUUCUCACUCAGUUGAGGCCCUUCUUUUCCUUGAUUCCCAAGGCAAAAACUGCGAAGAUUGUGAGGGGCAUAAUUGAUUCUGUUGCCAAAAUACCAGGGACUUCUAAUCUACAAAUUGCACUAUGCAAAGAAAUGGUGCAAUGGACUCGUGCUGAAAAGCGUACCUUUCUGAGGCAGCGGGUUGAGGCCAGGCUUGCAGCACUUCUGAUGGAAAAUAAGGAGUAUUCCGAAGCUUUGGCUCUCCUCAGUGGCCUGGUCAAAGAGGUUAGAAGAUUAGAUGACAAGCUUCUACUUGUAGACAUAGACUUGCUCGAAAGCAAGUUACACUUCUCCUUGAGAAACUUUCCGAAGGCAAAAGCUGCCCUCACAGCCGCAAGAACAGCUGCAAAUGCUAUUUACGUUCCUCCAGCUCAACAAGGUGCCAUAGAUCUGCAGAGUGGGAUUCUUCAUGCUGAGGAGAAGGAUUACAAAACUGCAUACAGUUAUUUCUUUGAAGCUUUUGAAUCUUUCAAUGCUCUUGAUGACCCUAAGGCUGUCUAUAGCCUGAAAUACAUGUUGUUGUGUAAGAUCAUGGUGAGUCAAGCUGAUGAUGUGACUGGAAUCAUAUCUUCCAAAGCUGGCCUGAAAUAUCUUGGGCCUGACUUGGAUGCCAUGAAAGCUGUUGCGGACGCUCAUUCUAAGCGAUCUCUCAAGUUAUUCGAGAUCACUUUGCGAGAUUACAAGGCUCAGCUGGAGGAAGACCCAAUUGUUCACAGACACCUGUCAUCCCUGUAUGACACUCUUCUGGAACAGAACCUUUGCAGAUUGAUUGAACCAUUCUCAAGGGUCGAGAUUGCACACAUUGCAGAACUAAUUGAACUUCCUGUUGAUCACGUGGAACGUAAGUUGUCUCAGAUGAUUUUGGACAAGAAGUUUGCUGGGACAUUGGAUCAAGGAGCUGGAUGCCUUGUCAUUUUUGAUGAUCCCAAAACUGAUGCAAUAUACCCUGCAACCUUAGAAACCAUUUCUAAUACUGAGAAAGUCGUGGACAGUCUUUUUGUUAGGUCUGCCAAGAUAAUGGCAUGAGCUCUCCAUCCCCUAUGUUAUUUGCUUUGCUACAAUACUUUAUGUUAUCUUCUUCACAAUUAAUAAGGUAUCAUUUGAUUAUUUUCCAAAUUUGUCA